AUUGGCUGGCUUGGGACGCUCGUCUGUUUUUAAAUCGUAGCUGUCUAGCUUUUCAUGAAAACGAUCUGUCAAAAUUGAUUGGGACGUCAAUUCAUUGUGUAUUUGAAACAAUGAGGACCAGUGAGUUUGAUUCAUCCUCUGAUGAAGAGGACGUUUGUGAAGAGCAUCUGACACCUUUCCAGAUCUCCUGGCAAGUUGCUAACUGACACAUGACUCAGGGCAAAGGUCACUGUCCUGGUUACACAUGUCACUGAUCAAGUUGCCCUUGUCCAUAGUGGACUGUUCUCUGUUUCUUGGCAUAUGUCCUUUGCCAGGGUGCAAAUUCAAAGAUAUCAGAAGAAAUUUACUGAGAGAUGUUGGUGAGCUGCAGAACCAGGGGGUGCAGGAUGUGUUUGUGUUCUGUACCAGAGGAGAGCUCCAUAAGUACCGUGUGCCUAGCUUGCUGGAGACCUACAGGCAACAGGGGCUCGUGGUGCACCACCUGCCCUUCCCUGAUGGGGGCACCCCUGAACUGCAGCAGUGCUGCCAGAUACUGGAGGGACUGCAAGCCAACCUACACAACAACAGGAAGACUGUCAUCCAUUGUUAUGGAGGCCUGGGUCGCUCUGGACUAAUUGCUGCCUGUCUGCUGCUUCAGCUGUCCGUCUCCAUGACUCCCAACAAAGCCAUCGAGCUCCUGAGAGAGCACAGAGGGGGUGGGGCCAUUCAGACAGUCAAGCAAUACAACUUCCUGCAUGAGUUCCGGGAAAAAUACUCUGCCUACCAAGAAACCAAAGCAGUCUCAGAGCGAUCGGUGUCACGAUGAUACUAUUCCCCUUCAUCAACUGAGCUCUGUCUUUUUAAAUUAAUUUGGAGUAAUAAAAGCAUUGAAUGAAUAUCAA